AUGAACGUCAACAUAUCCGGUAACCCUAGCGGACGCACCGUUAUCUUUCUUGCUGGAUGGCCGGACACGGCGGAUGUUUUCCGUGGCAAUAUCAUGGCCGCGCUGGAGUCACAUUACCGCAUUGUUGGAUUAACACUUCCAGGCUUCGACAGCCACUCGCCGGUAUUCCAUAAGAAGGGUAGUAGACGCAGCGGUGCUGUGGCGGAGGGAUGCGUUGCGCGCGACGUCCCAGUCCCCUUGCCUGUGCCGCGCUUAGGAUACUCCUUCGAGAAUCUGGUGGACCUCUUUGAGAUCGCCGUCCUCGCCGCCAUGGAGAACCGUCCGUUUGAGCGGCCGAUGCUUGUCGCGCACGACUGGGGCUGUGUCAUCACGUACGAGUUCCUCCUUUCACGACCGUACUUUUUUGCCCGUGUCGUGAUGCUGGACGUUGGCGGACCUGUCUCCAACGCACCCAUGGCUACGGUGCGCGGCGAUAGCCUCUGGAGCUGGUGGUUUCAAGUGGCCAGCAUCAUUUUGUAUCAAGUCCUCAUUAUCGCAGCAUUCCUCGUCCUUCCUGAUUGUGUGGGGAGGUGUGCUCUGCGGUUGUUUCUGGGUGUUGCGCGUCGACCGCAGUACCGGUAUGUAUGCACAACCCUUCCCACAAGAAAUGCCACCGGCGAGGAGGAGUUACUGCUGGUUCCCUCCUGUGUUCAGGGCACUUCUAGGCGUCGUCACCGUCCGAGGAUGGCGCGACUCUUUGAACUCUUCAACACCAUCAUCAGCCUCGCCAGUGGUAGUGGCGGUCGCAGCGACGAUAUGGAGACGGAUGGAGGCGCAAAGACCCUCGCUGCGGCCUUUCAUCCCGGGCAGUUCUACUAUGCGAAGGGUACACCAGUGUACACACUGCCACCCCACCCCAACGCUACAGGCAUUCACUACACGUGCUACAACUGCCGCUCCGUCCCCACCGCCAACGGGCGUGAUGGAAGGAGCAGGAAGUCCGCCAGACGCGUUUCUCGCGGAGGGGUGCAGCAGCAACAGAGGUCUUAUAAUACGCCACACGAGAACGAAGAAGAGGCAGAGCUAAGCACUGUUGAGGCAGAUCCCACUUGGGGUUGGAUCUACGUUCGCUACUGGAUGCUGUGGGUCUCCCGGUUGCUUCCUACCUCGCAGCGCUUCCUUAUCCCCAUAAGCGUCCCUGUUUUGUUCCUCUACGGCACUGAGAAGCCGAUGAUGCUGCACUCGCAGCAGUGGGUCGAGCACCUCGAGGCAAAAGGACGGCGUGACGGCUCAGAGGCGGUUUCGGUCCAGGGCGGCCAUUGGUUCUUCGCGGAACGGAAAAACAGGAAACGGGUGGCGGAGCGGAUUGCGGAGUUCCUGGACAGCGAGCCGUACGAAUCGCUGGCUGGAUAA